ACAGAGCUCUGUUCUGUUACACUUGAAACAUCACCUCAAAUACUCAAAUAGUACUUAAAGGAUAUGUUCAGGAUAGUAAUUUGUAUAAUGUGUGAAUACGUCUAGCUCAACAUCAUAACCCAAUCUAUAAGAACAGAAGAAUUAUGAAGUUUUCACUCGUCGCCGCCCUAGCACUUGUUGCACCAGCUUUCGCCCUUCCAAUUACCAACGAAGGUGCAGUGGAUUCCACAUCUGUUUCAAACUCCACCAUUACAGCACCAGAGAGUGACGUUCCAGGUUAUGCCAACGGUGUUGAAUUCCCAUUCUCCGAGGAUGCCAUCGACACCGUCGUUCUCCUCGGUCCAGACGUUGGUGUCAUUGUUGUUGACGAUGCUGUUUUCUUCGUCAACAUCACCAUCGCUGAAGCCACUUACUCUGAGUGAGUGACAAGCUUCUGAGUCUCCCCAGUAUCUAAUCAGUCCAGUCCCAAUAUCUGUGUGUGCUUUUUUUUCUCAUUUCCUGAUUUUUUUAUAUAUACCUUUGUCUUCAUAAAUGCCAAUU